AGUUACAACUCAACACGGGCCCAGGCACAAAACAAAACUACAUUAAUAAGUUAAGUUAGUCGAUGUUGAUAUAGUUUUCAAUCUACAACUUUGGUGAAGAUAACAGUUCCAAUGAGUUAGAGUAAGGUAUGACAAAUGCCAUAGGAGUGAUUGUAAGGCCUGGCCUAUGAUGCAAUGCAAGUGUGUUAGGCUAGUACCUAUCUUGUAAACUUAACUUAUUAGCACUAAGUUACUGAAUCGUUAAAAUGAAUCAUGUCAAACAAACCAUCACUCUCAGCGUUGUAAUUGGAGCUAUCUGCGUGAUGUUAUUCCCGGUUUAUAAAUUUGUUACCUUUUAUAUUCCUGAAAAAGUCAAACUUGCCAAGUGCCCAUUUUGUCUAGGGAAAGAUAUGUGUUCAUACAUAAAUGCAGAAUUAAAUUUAAGCCAAUACCAUUUUUGGAUUAAUAUGCUGAAUAUUUUGCUGGAUAAACCCUUAAUAUUUGGAUCAAUCGACAGGCAAACCGUUGUAUUGAAGUGGGUUCAGAAUGAAUAUGUUGACAAUUUUCAACCUGAGGAUUAUACAGACAUAAAUUCAAACAUUGAAUCGAUGAGACUAAGGAUUAAUCAACCCCGUGAUGAAUCAUUGGAAGACUUCCUCCUAUGUCCAACUACUGAAAAUCUAGGUGAUUUUCUUAAACCAAUUUUAGUGGAUGGAAAAAAUCAUCAAUUGCAUAGACCUGUGACAAUUGAGCUGCAUCAAAAUAUAAUUUACACUUUGCAAGCUGACAAGGAAAAUCUCGUUCAGCAGGUGACCCAACAAUGGGCUGUGGCACCCUAUCUUGGAGCCUGUGGCGUCGUAUCUGUAUCUGAGUAUUGCGGCCCCUCAUUAACAUCAGUCUUCUCACAACUUGCAUGGAAACAGCGCUCAUCACUCGCUGUACAGCUGCUGACCUUUGCUUUCAAUGCUACAUUUGAUAACAAAGCAUUUGCUUUUUAUUUUACCGACCUAACACCUGACAAUUUCGCAGUUUCCGACAGUAACGAAAUCCGACUGGUUGAUUUGGACAACGUAAUUGUUGUUGAUAAGAAUCCCUCAGAGAAACCUUCAAACUGGGAUAGUGUGCAUACCAGCUAUCACGAUCAAGAUAUCCAUGGGUUUGCUUUUUCAAAGGAGGAAAUCUGUUCCCAUAAAAUCAGUGACACAAAUGUUUACUCCAUAUGUCAGGGAAUUUUGUCUCCACAUUCAGAUUUACUUCCAAAUGGUCUGCUGCACUCACCCCCACCUCAUCUGUCAGGGUUGAAGACUCUUCUGGAUGAUUGCAUUGCUCCCCCAGCAGAGUUGACAAGGUUUGACGUAGCUCAGGAGAUUUUACAGUUUUUACAAAAUGAUUACAGUAAUUGAUUUACACACAUUUUAAAUGGUCAGAUUGUAUGAGAUAAAAAUACUAUUGAAUCGU